AUGCUACAGGGUGAGUGCUCCCAGAGGUGCUACAACAUCUUUGUGCUGGAAACAGUCUGUGUGGGCUGGUUCUCCCUGGAGUUCCUGCUACGUUUCAUCCAGACGCAGAGCAAGUGGACGUUCUUACGCACACCCCUCAACAUCAUCGACGUGGUGGCCAUCCUGCCCUAUUACAUCACUUUGAUAGUGGACUCACUGUCUGUGGGCGACCGUCCCACCGGCUCAGGAAACAACUACCUGGAGAAGGUGGGAUUGGUCCUGCGAGUUCUUCGAGCAUUGCGGAUCUUCUACGUGAUGCGUUUAGCACGUCACUCUUUGGGGCUGCAGACACUUGGGUUGACCGUACGUCGCUGCACUCGAGAGUUCGGACUGCUCUUGUUGUUCCUAUGUGUGGCCAUGGCACUCUUCUCUCCGCUGGUCUUCCUGGCAGAGAGCGAGAUGGGCGCCAAGCAGGAGUUCACCAGCAUCCCCGGGAGCUACUGGUGGGCAGUCAUUUCGAUGACGACGGUUGGAUACGGUGACAUGGUUCCUCGCAGCAUUCCAGGCCAGGUGGUGGCACUCAGCAGCAUACUGAGUGGAAUCCUGCUCAUGGCAUUCCCAGUCACAUCCAUAUUUCACACUUUUUCACGGUCCUACCUGGAGCUUAAAGAGGAACAGAAUCGGGCCACACGGCACAAGCCCGAUUCACAAGACAGCACCAAGUCCCAAAACAGUGAGGAUUCACAGGACACUGACAGUUCCUUACAUGGAAUCACAGAGACCGCCGCAGUUGGUGCGCAUCACCGCAGAUUCGUAGCUGUGGCAAGUCAAGGAGCACCACAGGUCAGGAGAUCUCUAAAGUCGUAAUGCAAACUGCUGACUGUAAGACUAAGAGGAAAAAAACAUUUACAAAGACAUGCUACAGGUGAUUGGCCAUAAAUAGUACCUGUAUAAUCAGGUGACUUGACAAUAAUAGACAGUGGGAAAGGGAUGUUAAAAUGGACAGGUUUGCAUGUCCAAAGCACAAUUAUUGAAAGAGAUG